CGUGUCCUGUGGCGGAGGGUCACGUGGUGCGGGAAAAGUUUGUUGGCUCCCGCUGGGAUGUGAGGAAAGUUUAGUCGCAGUGAGUGGUGGAGUUUGGAUCGGUGGUCGGGGCCCCGGGAUUGGAGUGCGGGCCCCUCCGGGUGGUGACAUGCUCAGCGGACAGUGAGCGCUUCUUCUUCUCCCCGGAUUAGUUCCUAUCUCGCUGUACAAUGAUGGAGAGCGGAGCCCAGCAGAACUCCUCGUCGGCCCCUCAGCCGCCCCCGGCCGGGCACCAGAUCGUCCAUGUGCGGGGGGACUCGGAGACGGACCUGGAGGCGCUCUUCAACGCCGUCAUGAACCCCAAAACCGCCAACGUCCCCCAAACCUUACCUAUGAGGAUGAGGAAACUUCCCGAUUCCUUCUUCAAACAGCCCGAGCCCAAGUCCCACUCCCGCCAGGCCAGCACAGAUGGAGGUUCAGCGGGUGCAUUGACUCCCCAACAUGUUCGCGCUCACUCUUCCCCAGCCUCCCUGCAGCUCGGCGGCGUGUCGCCCGGUGCACUUUCUCCGCCAGGUGUGGUACCUCCUCCAGGUCCUGCCCCACCAAGUCAGCAUCUUCGACAGUCUUCCUAUGAAAUCCCAGAUGACGUUCCCCUGCCACCAGGAUGGGAGAUGGCCAAAACCCCAUCGGGACAAAGAUAUUUUCUCAAGACUGUAUAUUUUAAGAACAUUUCACCUAUACAUGAGAACAGUCAUAUUGAACAGACCACAACAUGGCAAGACCCUCGAAAAGCAAUGUUGUCACAGAUGAAUGUCACUGCCCCCACCAGCCCUCCAGUGCAGCCAAACCUCAUGAACCCAACAGGUCCCUUACCAGAUGGUUGGGAGCAGGCCAUCACUCAAGAAGGAGAGAUAUACUACAUAAACCACAAGAACAAGUCCACAUCAUGGCUUGACCCACGAUUAGACCCACGAUUUGCUAUAAACCAGCAGAGGCUGAGUCAGAGCGCGCCGGUGAGAUCUCCUCCUCCGCUGGCCCCGCAGAGCCCCCAGAGUGGUGUCAUGGGAGGAGGGGGCAAUCAGAUGAGGCUCCAGCAGCUUCAGAUGGAGAAGGAACGCCUCCGACUCAAGCAUCAAGAACUGCUCCGGCAGGUGAGGCCACAGGAACUAGCUCUUCGUAGUCAGAUCCCAACCAUGGAGCAAGAUGGUGGUACUCAGAACCCAGUGUGUUCAUCGGGAAUAACUCAAGAGCUCCGCACAAUGACCAUGAACAGUUCCGAUCCUUUCCUCAACAGCCCACCUGUGCAUAACCUCUCCAAGGGUUCGUGGCAUCCACAUUGUGUAGUAGGACGCGCGGACCCUCCAAAUAACAAAGAUACUCUCAGUGGCACGUAUCACUCCAGAGAUGAAAGCACGGAUAGUGGAUUAAGUAUGAGUAGUUACAGUGUACCUAGGACCCCUGACGACUUCCUUAACAGUGUUGAUGAAAUGGACACAGGUGAUGCAAUCAACCAAAGUAGUAUGCCCUCCCAACCAAACCGAUUCCCUGACUAUUUGGAAGCACUUCCAGGAACAAAUGUGGACCUUGGUACUUUAGAAGGGGAGGCAAUGAACGUGGAAGGCGAGGAACUUAUGCCAAGCCUGCAAGAAGCUUUGAGUUCUGACAUCCUAAAUGACAUGGAGUCUGUUCUGGCUGGCACCAAACUGGAUAAAGAAAGUUUCCUUACAUGGUUAUAGAAGCUUCCAGAAGUUUCUUGGCAUGGUCAAUGAAGCUUCUAGUUCCUGAAGGAUUUUGCUAAUCAAGGGUGCCUACAAUCUUCAAACUGAACAAGGCUACUUGGCAGACUUUUAUGUUCCAAAUGAACAAAAUCUUUUUAAGACUUGACUUUUUUUUUUUUUUUUUCGUCUCAUUUUAGUAUUUUUUUUUUCUCACUCAUUGCUGCUUUUAUUGCUGACACAUUUUUUUUCACCAUUUGAGAGCGUAAGGUAUCAACAAUAUUUUUCAAUGUCAUAGCUGCCUCUUCAAGUAUUUUUAUGUAAAGCGAUUGGGAAGCGUUGGGCCACAUGUCUCUAUACCAGUAGAUAUUCCAUUUUCCAGUCAUAUGUAAAUAUCAUGCACUACACUUUAUUUACCCCUUUCAGCUCCCGUUUUAUAUCCUCCCCAAGAACAUGAUUACUCCUGUUUAUCACAUGAUAGUGUUUUUGAAUUUUGACAUAUAAAUGAUGGAAUUUGUUCCCAUGUGGACUAUAUGAUGGAUGCUUUGGCAGUAUGGAUUAACUGGUCCUAGCUUGAAUUUUAUUCCAAUUUUCUCCUUUUUUUUUUUGUAAGAACAAUGAAAGAAUGUGGCAGAUGUGAGAUGGAUCUGACAGUUUGUAUUUAAUGUGAUCCUCCGUUGCUCUUGUUGGAGUAUGGUUUUAAAAUAUGUGCAGUCUUUUUAUUGGGUCAGUGCAAGAUGGUGUAUUCAAAAUAUGAUAGAGUGUAUAUGUAAGUAGUAUGUUAGCAUCUUUUGUUUUAUAAAUGCUGGCUGGAUAGAGGAAGUGUGAUAGUGCCAAUCAAUGCUCCAUGGAAGUCGGAUGUAUUUUUAUACCCUGUGAGGUUUAGGGGGACAACAAAAUCUUUUAGAAAGUGGUAAUAGCAGAAAAUAGAAUUUUAAGCUUGACGUACCGAACAAAUCAUUCCACCUACCUCCUAGUCUGUAUUGUAUGUUUUUUUUUUUUUCUUUCAAAUGUGCCUUCUACAUUAAUUUCAAAGCUAUAGUAUAUACUGUUUUUUGUAUCGAGGGCUUAUUGUAUUUUGUAUAAUGGUAUCACCAGCCAAUUGCCAGACUUUUUUUUUUUUUUAUCUGAGAAGGGUUCUUAGCCCCUGAGAAUCAUGAUAUAUAGAAUUGCUUUAUCAGAUGAAGCAAUCAUUUUUGAUGGCAUGUUUUUUUUUAUUUUUAUUUUUUUUAAACCUUGAGGAGUGUUAUUGCAAUUGGAUGGACACCUUACCCAUUUUUUGUACAUUUAAUAUUAAAUAAUCAUGUCUUACUGUACACGUAAUUGUUUUUUUUAUUAGAAAAUUAAACAAUAGCUAAUUGUA